CACACAGCCCAGGUGAGAGUUUCCUCACGCGUGUUACUAACCAGUGCAUCUCCCGGGCAGUGCGCGGGGAAGUGGCACCUGAUCGGUUUUGCCACCAACGCCCACUGGUUUGUGUCGAAGAAGGCGGACAUGAAGCAGGGCACCAUGGUGCUGACCCCCACAGCAGAGGGGGACAUGGACAUGAGCUACAGCAGCAGGAAGACAGACGGCACUUGCUGGGAAAUGAACCACCUGGCCCAAAAGACAGAGACCCCUGGCCGCUUCACCUACUACAGCAAACGCUGGGGCAACAGUAAUGACUUGCGAGUGGUGGAGGCGAAAUAUGACGAGUACAUCCUGACCCACACAAUCAAGACCAAGGCCGGCCGCACGGACAUCCUGAACAAGCUGUACGGCAGGACCCCGGACCUGAGGCCCGAGCUGCUGCAGAGGUUCGAGCAGUUCUGCCUGGACACGGGCAUCGAGAAGGACAACAUUGUCAUCCUGCCCCAGAACGAGGAGUGCAGUCCAAAAGCCGCAUAGGAUGGAGCACUUAAGUUGAUAAGAUUUGUGGCCACGCCCUCCACCUUUGACCUGUGGGCUCCUGGUGUUUGUAUAUGCAGAGCCCGGCUACAAUAAAGCACCAUUACUCAACUCUGUCAGCUGUCCUCUGUGGACUUCAGCACGCUUCGGUCUCCUGGCUCACAUUCACAUUCCUGCUGCACAGUUUGUGUUCAAGUUUAUGCACGGUUCAUUUCAACCUACAGUAUUUCUCUCAUUUUCAAACCUUUAAAACUGUCAUACAUUAAAUAAAAAUGUUUAUAAUAUGA